AUGCCGGCCGCGGCGCGGAGGGGGAGCAGCCGCGGGCUGCAGGCGGCGCUGCUCGCGGUGGCCACCGGCGCGGCGCUGCUGGGCAUCGGCCCGGCGGGCUCCGCCUCCUUUGCGGCGCCCGCCCGAGGGUCCGCCCUGCCCCCGCGGCGGCGCGCGGAGCGCAGCGCGAGGCGCGCCUCGGUGCUGCAGGUGGACGGCACCGUGGAGCCCAUCGGCACGCACGUAUUGGUGCGCUCGGACGAGCCAGAGGAGAUCACGAAGGGCGGGAUCCUGUUGCCCAAGAAGGAGUCUCCGAAGGCUGGCGAGGUCGUGGCCGUGGGCCCUGGCGAGGCCGAUCCGGACUCGGGCGUGAUGCAGCCCAUGUCGGUCAAGCCCGGGGUCAAGGUGAUGUACAGCAGGUACGCAGGGUCUGACAAGGUUGAGUUCGGUGGAGCUGAGCAUGCCAUCAUCAAGGACCGAGAGCGAGGUCCUCCUUAUGUAUGA